CCAGCUGGGAAGGAAGAAUCGAGGCAAGACUGCAUCUGUUCAUCCAGGGGGCUCCUCUUCAGGCUGGGCGCCGCCUUUGGGUUUACAGAAUUGUGAUAAAGCGCUGCCAAACUUGAGAGAUUAUCGAGUAGAAUGUCUUCAUUUUACAAAAGAAACGGAAUCUCGGGAAGGAAGCGCUUUGCCCAUCAUUACAAAAGUAAGCAAGGUCCCGAGAUGCGAACGCGAGGCCCGGAGCUCACCCACGCUCGUGAUCCACCGCUUCGGACUUCUGGCGCGGACAGCUAACGGUCGAGCACUCACCGGCGCAUCACUUGACUAUCGCAUCCUCGUGAGCUGAUAAACCUGAUAAACGCACGCGCAGUUCAUUUUCCAUUUUCCCUCCUGCCAUUGCCAGGGUUGCAGUCGGCUCUAGGGCUGAAUCGGUUAUAACUGCUGCGGGCUCGCAGGUCUCUACCUCCGGCCUGGAGUUAUUGAUAUUUCCCCUUUUAGUUCCUCCUUUAAUACCCCCUUGAAUUUCCCCUCCCAGCGGGCUGAGGGGCCCGGAGAAGUCUCUCCUGCGGGUUCUCUCUCCCAGUCGGGAAUGCUGCCUCCGAGAUGAAGAAGAUUUUCAACUUCGGCAAGAAGAAGGGGCAAUCAACAUCUCGCCCCUUCAACAAGGUGCCGAGUUACUUUGGGGUCCAAACCCCUUACCCCACCGAAGGCUAUCAGAUCCGGAGCAAGGACCUCGGGAAAAUCCACAAAGCUGCCUUGCUCGGAGAUGUGGCGAAGGUGCAGCAGCUGCUGCAGCUCGGAAAAAGCACCGUAAAUGAACUGGAUAAAAUGAAGCGAACACCUCUUCAUUUGGCUUGUGCUAAUGGAUAUACAGACCUUGUGUCUCUCUUACUAGAAAAAAAAUGCGAACUGAACUUAUUGGAUGAUGACAAUCGAACACCUUUAAUGAAGGCAAUAGAGUGUCAGCAGGAGGAAUGUGCAACAAUCCUGCUGGAACAUGGCGCAGACCCUAAUCUUAGGGAUAAGGACAACAACACUAUACUUCACUACGUUGCCUGUGGUCGGACCAAAUUCAUGGCAGAAAUACUGGUUAAAUAUAAAGUUGAUAUUGAGGCAAAAAACAAGGAAGGCCUUACACCACUUUUGCUUUCAAUUACAAGUAUGAACACUGAAUUGGCAGAUUUUCUCUUGAAAAAUGGAGCAAACGUGAAUGUCUUGGAUAGCUAUAAAAGAACACCCCUUAUGAUUGCUGUCAGUAUGGAAAGUUUAGGGUUGGUCACUCUUCUUCUUCAAAAUAAUGCUGAUUAUACCCUACGAGAUGAAAGUGGAUGGACAGCUUAUACAUAUGCUGAGCAGUAUGGUUAUCCCCUACAUAUUUAUCACAAACAAAUUGAAAAACAGGAAGAAUAUAUUGAACAACAGAAGAAACAAUUUGAGAAAGAGAAGCUUUGUCCACCCCAAAUCAGCUGUUCAGAGAAGCCUUCUGAUACUGAAUUUGCUUUGGGUGCAUCAUCCCUGGACAAAAAAGCAGAAGGAAGUGCUGCAAACAAUUCUGUAAGCAGUGUCUCUGACAAACCAGGACCUGAUGAUCACUUGCCAAGCGCAGAUGAUGAAUUGGAUUUUGACAUGAAGCAUUCCCAUGAAAAUCUCCCGGGAAUAUCUGCAAAACAGAUAGUUGUAUCAACAGAUCAAAGCUCAAAAGACAGUGAUUCAUUGGGACAGCAUGAAGCAGAAGGAAGUUCUACAAGUGAUUCUCUAAGCAGUGUCUCUGACAAACCAGGAUCUGAUGAUCACUUAUCAAGCUCAGAUAAUGAAUUGGAUUUUGACAUGAAGCAUUCCCAUGAAAAUCUCCUGGAAAUAUCUGCAAAACGUAUAGUUGUAUCAACAAAUCAAAACACAAAAGACAGUGAUUCAUUGGGACAACAUGAAGCAGAAGGAAGUUCUACAAGCGAUUCUGUAAGCAGUGUCUCUGACAAACCAGGAUCUGGUGAUCACUUAUCAAGCACAGAUGAUGAAUUGGAUUUUGACAUGAAGCAUUGCCAUGAAAAGCUCCUGGAAAUAUCUGCAAAACGUAUAGUUGUAUCAACAAAUCAAAACACAAAAGACAGUGAUUCAUUGGGACAACAUGAAGAUCAUACAGGAAGAAAUCCUACUGCAAAGCCUAUUCUAUCCUCUUGUGAAAUAAAAGAUGCAUUUACAAACCAAGAAGAAGGAGUCAAGGAAAUUAAAACAAAAUUAGAUGUCAUAGAAGAAUUUGAUUUAACUGACACAGGUAAAGUUGAUAAUUCCAUAAUUUAGGAAGAAAAGAGAUAUAUUU